UCCCGUGGACGACAAUCACUUUUCGGCACGACACCUGAUCGUUGCACACCGUUUCAAGGAAACAUGCUGUUCGAUCAGACAACGAAGCAAACCGGUGCAAAACGUUUCGAGACUGAACUCGCCUCAGGCUUCUGGAGGAAGCCACGCAGCUGUUAAAUCUCCGUUAGUGGCGGCACAGUGAAGACAAAGUGAUGUUUAAUCUUCAGAUGACUCCCGCAGCUAUGAUGAAGCGUCUUCCUCUGCUGUGUCUCUGUCUCCUGACUCGGUCUGGAGCAACGUUUGCUGAUGAACACGGGUCGGGUGUCGUCAGAGUGGUUGUGGAAGAAGGGAGUGACGCCAUUUUACCCUGUUCCCUCAGCAACAAGGAGAACGCAGAGGAGAAACUCUUUGAUUGGAAGAAAGAUGGUCAGAAGGAGGUUUUCUUUUAUGAUGGAGGCAUUCAUUACAACAACGGUCGUCCAGGCCAAGAUCGGCAGUUCAAAGGUCGCAUCUCACAUUUUCAAGAUGAGCUGAAGUACGGCAACGCCUCCAUCAUUAUCAGUAAAACGAAGAUGACUGACAGUGGAAACUACACCUGUGAUUUUCCACGUCUUCAGCCAAGACGGAUAUUCAACAUUCAGUUUGUUGUUGCAGUUGCAGCUCAAAAGCCGUCUGUCACUGCAAUCGAUCAAACAGAGGAUGGGGUGCUGCUGCAGUGUGAAGUUCGAGGUGCUUCUCCUAAACCUACAGUAGAGUGGCAGGACAGUGCUGGAAACAUCCUUCCUGCUGAGGAGCCACAGGUCUCAGAAAGAGGAGGCAGCUAUGACAUCAUCCUCCAAACUACUGUGAACACGACUGACCGCUUCACCUGUGUAGUCACACAGGACGAAAUCAGCCAUCAGAUUUUUGCUGAGAUCUAUGUGCAGGUCGAUGGGUCCCCCGCUGGAUGGUUUGUUGCUGUGUUAGUUAUUUUUCUUGCUGUUCUUAUUCUUCUUGCUGUACUUAUAGCAAAGGGUGUCAUCCCACUUAACUGUCAGAAAGCAGACAUAAGGAAGACAACCGGCACAGGAUACACCAACCGUUCACUGGCAGAACCUUUGUCAAAACCAGCUAAAGACCAGAUUGUAUGAUAGUGUGGACAUUUUGGCUGGUCCUCACUUAUUUCAGGCUUUUUUAGGGUUAAGUCCUGGUUUUAAGGUUUAGUUUUAGUUUCAGGUUAGGGGUAGUGUUGUGGUUAGACAGAUUGUUGGGAUGGUAGCAAGAUGAAAGUGAGGUUAUUGGGGUUUUGAAUGUGCAUGUUCUACUUUGGAAGCAUUACAAGUCCCAUUAUCACGACCAGUCUUUCCCUGACCUUAGUGAAGUGUUUAUAGACUGUCCCUGUUAAACUCAUGGACAGUAAGAUAACAGCAUGCCAAAAUAUAUAUUUAUUAUCUUUAUCUCACAGCAAUCAAUAUGUUUGUCUCCAUGAACCAACUCCUAAUUUUCACAUAACAGUAGUGGAUGGAAACCUGUAACUUUGCAUUUUCUUUUGCUGAUUUUCUGGAUAUUCACUUAAAAUUUGCGCCACUUUUGGUUGGAAACUCUGUGUACUUUGCCUUCAGACGUGGUCGGACGACACGACGUACAAACUAGUGAACUUGCCUUUAAAAUUCACCCAAACCUGUAGUUUCCCUGAACAGAUGUUGUUGGAAUAAGUCAUAAGUUAUUAAUUUUUCAAACAAUAUUAUUUAACGUUCAAAACUUCAUCAUUGAAUUUAAUAUAUAACAGUCUGACAUGUAAAUGUUCUGUCACAGGAGGAGUCUCGCAGGUUGGAGAUAACGAGGUGAAACAGAAGAGAGAAAGUGGAGAUUAUGUGAUUAUUAAUCAGUCAUUCCAUUAAUUAAAUCCUGAUAUGUGGCAUGACUCCACUUCCACUCUUAGUAUUGACUUAAUUAAUUACUACAUCUUUCACUCUGUUCUGUUGCUUUUAAUAUUUAUUAAAAAUAAUUAGAUUAUUUUAUGCAUCUAAUUUUUACUCUUCUACUGUCGUCAACGUAGGUAAAAAAACUUUAAAAAAUUGCAUUAUGAGUUAAAUCAGCAGAAUGUUUGAUGACCUGGAGACAGAGAGUGACUUCUGUCUGAGGCCUGAAUAAAGAGAUGAAUGUGGAGCAACAGUGCUGUAUAAAUACUGCCCAUCUACCAAAUAUUAUCAGAACGCUUCUUAAAGUUCUUAAAGGUCCUAACUGAGCGAGACAUUAACAGAAACAUAAGGAUUGGUGUUUUUACCUUUUUAUGAUCUUACCUUUUUAGCACUUUUAAACUUUACACGUUCAAAUGUAAAGUGCAUUACAAAUGUAGUAUUAUUAUUAUAAGGUCAUUGGACUAAAUGUUAAGCUGUAAAUAUUUUGUAGCUACAUUGAAAUAUAUAAUUUGACUUUUUUUUAUUUUAAUGUUUGUGUUAUUAACAUUAUUUACACAUUGUGUAGCUGUUCCAGUUUAUUAUGAAUACAGUCUAAAACAACAGUCCUGCACCAAAUCCUCCUUCAUGAAGGUUAUAAUGUUCAGAGAGUGUAUACUGACAGGUGUUUCUGUUAUUCUGUCCACCCCAUGUAUAUCAGUGAGUGCAGGCUAAAUAACAGAAACACGUCUCUGAAACAGUUUGAACUCAAACUGAACAUUUAAACCUUGAUGAAGGAGAUUUAUUGCAGGACUGUCAGACUGCAUUAGUUUCAGGUGUUCCUAAUAAACUGGACACUGAGUGUUUGCUGCUGCUGACUGUGAUAUUUGAGUUCUCUGAAAGUUCAUGUAUAUUGAUGUUUCUAACUGAUGAUGAACUUGUAUCGUGUCAUUUCCUGCAGAGCUGAAUCAUUUCUGUCCAAACGUUUGAAUAAAACAUGAAAAAUGUCAAACUGUA